CGCGACACAGUUGGCACAGCACGGCGCAGUGUUCGCGCGAUAAUCGGCGCGGGUGGACGUAAAGUCAUGCGAGAAGCGGCUGGCAGGAUGGCCGAACUAGAGUUCGAGGCGCCGCUUGCCCAAAUCGAAGAGGCGGAUGACUGUCUAUCAACAGCAGACUACCCACAGAAGACUAUAAAUGGGAACGAUAUACGCCUCAAUAAUAUUAACAACCUUAAGAGUGAGAUGGUAAAAAUACAAACCGAUUCUAACAAAAUCAACGAUAAUGACGAGCCCAGACCGGUGAAGUGUAAACAGGAUAAUAUGCAGAACUGUGAAGGCGACAAUUUUACGGAGACUUUCUCCGGGUCACUUGAAGAUUUGGUUAACACUUUUGAUGAGAAGAUCACAAAGUGUUUCGGAAACUACGAAGAAAGCGUGGAGAAGCUGGCUCCAGUGCAAGUUCGUUCUCAAGAGGAAAUAAUGAACGAAUGCCAAAUGUGGUGGACAAUCACAGGAAAUUUCGGGAACAUCCUACCAAUUGACUGGACAAAGUCCUUUUCAAGGAAGAUGCACAUUCCAACAUUGAACCUCAGCGACAAAAAGGGCGCUAUGACGCCGGACGAUGAGAUACACAGCUCUGAAGACGAAGCGGUCGCGUCCGACUUGGAUAUGCACGCGCUCAUCUUGGGAGGUCUGCACCAGGACCACGAAUGCCCAGUUAAGACUGCUGAUGAAGUGAUACAAGAAAUAGACGACAUGAUGCAGGAGACUCCGUCGUCGGAGGGCGAUCUGAUAGAAUAUAAUGAAGCCCUGGAGAAAGGGAAAGAGGUGCUCAAUUCACCCCUAUAUGAAGAUAAGCUACGUCAAUUAUCGCUCGCUCAACUGAACGAAAUAUUCAUGGAACUGGAAGUGCUGAUCAGAGAGUUCUCGGAGACGCUGAUAGCGGAGCUCGCGCUUAGAGACGAGCUCGAGUACGAGAAGGAGUUGAAGAACACCUUCAUAUCGCUGCUGCUGGCCGUGCAGAACAAGCGCCGCCAGCACCACGUCGAGAAGAAGAAGCGCCCCGGCCCGCCGCGCUCGCCCAACCUCAACGGACUCUCCGAGCCGAAGUACUUGACAACAGUAAUCCCGUUCCACAUGGACAAUGGACCUCCUGACAAUCAAUCUCUCCAAGUUCUUAUAAAAAUUCUCAAAGCAAUAAAUGAAGACAGCCCCACUGUGCCGACGCUGCUAACAGACUACAUACUCAAAGUACUGUGUCCGACAUAAACACACACAGAUUUAGCUAAUACCAUAAACAAUAAAACACAACUACAUUUACGCUUCUUCCUUUUUAUUUUUUAUUCUUUAAAUGUUGUCAUCUGGAAUGACGGUUAUGACGACAUCACAUAGCCAUUUAAAUAUUAUUUUAGAAGCGAAAAUGCAGUUAUGUUUUGGUUAAAUUUCAUUACAGAUUUCUACAUUUCGAUGUCAGCACAUACAUAUUUAAUAUUAAGUCAUUGUUUCAUAUCAAAACAAUAUUAAAAUUUAAUCUGUGUAUCGCAUCAGCGAUUAAUAUAAGCACUUUCAAUAUAUUUAAAACAAAAAAAAAGAUUUAAAAAAAAAUAAGUCAGAGUACAGAUAAAAAAAGCUCGCAUUCGCAACUUUGUCUUUGCUCUCGAUGUUGCCAUGUGUAUUAUAGACUUGUAUUAAAAAAAAUGUCUUUAUUUGUUCGUAUUUUAAGUUAUUAUUGCCAUAAAACUUAUUCUCGUAUUCAAUAUAAUUUUGGCAUAUUUAUGAUUUAUAAUACUUUUUGCAUAAAUGAACUGUGAUAUCGUAUUAUGGUAGUUUGUUAAUUAUUGCUUCCUUUUAAGAUUUACAUAUUCUGUGCUGUUUUCAAUAAAUGUUCAUUACAUUAUUAUAUUUGUUUAAGAUGUCGAUUAUUUUUAAUGUUUUAUGAAAUAAAAACGGUGUAAAUAUGAAAAGAAUAAACCGGAAUUGUCGUCUCAACGUAAAUAAUAAUUAGUGAAAUUAGUUAUUUUAAGAAGAGAGCUGGAGAAGCUUGUAAAUAAUAAUCAGCUUUGCCUUCACGUAGAUAUUAUUAUAUUUUAAAAGGGCUAAAAUCUUAAUGUUAACAAUUAACAAGAAAUAAAAAUUGGUAAAAAACUUCAAAUUUUUAUUGUUCAUCGAUUUAAAAAAAAAAUUAUUGAAAUAAAUAAUCUUAAUUUAAGCAAAGCAAAUUUUUGUUUUAAAAACAUCGAUAUAAUUUUUCCAUUAGCAUAUAAAACGAAAUAGUUGCGUAGAAUGAAUAAUCAUUGUAACAGUUAAUUUGUCAUUUACAUUAAUCUAACUAAUUCCGAGCACUAUGCAAUAUAAAUGUAGUUUUAGGUUACAAAAUUUUAAUUAAUAGGUUUAAUCUCUAGUCUCAACGGUUCGUAGUCAUAAUUUUGUUAAUUUAAAAAAUACCUAUAUCGUUCUAUAAAUUAAGAAAAUUCUACAAAUUCUUUAUACGAUUAUAAGAAUUUAAAGAUAAUCUUACGAAAAGUCAACGUCUCAUGUUACCUCUGGAAGUAAUGUUAAGUAAUUUUCGUAAGUUUAUUUUUAUAUUCUAUCAUUUCGACAGCUCGACAAAUAUAAAAUAAGAAAUUAAAUUAUAAUGCAUGAUAAUAUGUGUAAAGUUGUUGUUGUAAUUUGAAAACGUUUUAAAAAGUUUUAAAUAAAUAAUGAAACAUUAUGUUUUGUUAGCAAUGUAACGCGGAGGCUUUUGUCGCACACUUUUAAAUUUUCGUGUAGCAACACCAAUUUGUUGUAAUCUGUAAUUGUGUAGUAAUGAAUGAGGAACUGAUGGAAACGAAUGUUUAAAGUUGGAAAUUGAUAUUAUAUAUAAUAUUUAAAUAGUUGUGAUAUAUCGUCAUUAUUUCGCCUUAAACAGUCUCACGAUAAAGAGAUAAUAGUAAAGAAUACAUAGGGUUUGUGCCUACUCAAAUUCCAUAAAUAACUGAUAGCAAAUUUGUAGAAAUGUUGGUGGCAAUCAAAUUGUCAAAUACCACGCAACGCAACGUAAAAAAUAUGCUAUCAUAAACUCAUUUGAAAAUGUAUCUUCAAUAUCUCUGUCCUCUGAGCGCUCUACAAGUAAUCAACCGAAUAAAAAGUUUUUUUUUUUUAAAUAUUAAUUUAUAGUUAAACUUCUCACCUUACAAAUAUAAAAAAACGCUUACAACUGUCUCAUUGGUCCCAAAGUUUGACAUUUUGAAAAACCGCCAAUAACAAUAUUGCAUCUCUGACACUGAUUCCUGUGUAACGGGGAUCGGCUCUGGUGUGGGAAGCUGUGUGUGGGAAGAAGAAUGUGUGUUGACACAUUAGUCCCGUCACAUGUCAAGUAACAAAGCGAACAAAUGGCGAAAAAAUAAUUAUCUUUGCCGUUCGCCGUUGAAACAUUGAGACUUUGAAGUGAUAGUACAAGGACUUUAAAACACGUUAACCAAACCAAAAGACAGUACUGACCAAUCUCUUUGUCUGUUUAGUUAUUUUUGUGUACUGUCUUGAUAUCGACGAAAUUAUAGGUCUUUGGCAAAACAUUUUAUUAUGACAAAUAAGUAAUAUGACAUUUUUAUUUUUUUGUUAGAGCUGUCACGCCAGUUUUAACCUGACUAUGACUCAACGUCGUGGGACUGUGUGAGGAAUAUUGAUUUAUUUAUAUCAAAAUAACUGAAAAUAUCGAUGAAAUAUUUUUAUUAUCUAUUGUUGAUUAAAAAUAUUUUAUAGAUAGUAAUUUUAAAUAACUCAACUAUCAGAAUGGACGCGUGGUACCUGGUCAAAAUAAAGGAGCUUGAAAUAAAA